AUGGGUGCCGCCAAGAAGUCCGAGGUUCGCGAUCUGUUGGAAAAUCUGCACUAUCUAUACACUAGCGCCCAGGAGGGUCUAGUCAAGGCUCAAUCUAGGCUGAUUGGUCUUCUGGAAGACCAUUCUGCUCUGAAGGAUGAGCUCUCCAAGAGCAAAUCCAACCCGGCCCGCCCCCUUCCGUCUGACGGUCACAACUUACCCAGGAUAGGCGACAACCACAACAACUCGCCCAAAGAGGGAGCUCUCAUCUGGAUCACCGGCGGCGACAUUGAUCAGUCGGAUAAAAGUACCGAAUACCGCAUCAAGGUCGCUGACAAGGUCGGUGCUAAAGGUGGGGUUGUUAUAACUGAUAGCUUCUUUGCCAAAGACGGUAGGCUUGGCGCACGUGUCUCGGAUGCUGAUAAGGCUCGGGCCAAGGAGGCCGCGAGCCUUUUGGGUUACCAGACCAAGGUUCUCGGUGCAAUUGACCCCGAGCUCUUCAUCAGAGACGUUGGUGAUAUCAGUGAAGAGGAGCUACGCGAUGCGGUAGGCGACUGCUGUACGGCGGUCUACAAGAAGGGCCUGAACGCCUUUGUCAGAGUGCGCAGGGACGGUCUGGAAGAUCUUCUUAGUGCCGGCAUCAAGGUUGGCUGGCGUCUCCUGAAGCCAGAAAUCCGCCAUCGCAAGGUCAUGUGCUACCACUGCUGCGCGAUUGGGAAAUCGGCUCACCUUGCCAAGGACGGCCCCAAUGAGGCUGCCUGCUGCAAGUAUACUUCCAAUACUUCCAAUACUUCCAAUAUACAUAUAGCCAACAUGGCCAGCGAUCUGUCUGAUGCCGAGAGCGCUCUGCAAUAG